AUCCAGGAGCGCUCAGCUUUGUUGGAGACCUGUCCAUGGUGUGCUGCUAAAGGACAGACUCAGGCCCUGCGCUCCUACAGGAUCAACUUCCAGGAGUUCAUCACUCUCUGCACUGACCCACAGGUAGGGUAUCGUUAAAACACACACAUGCGCUCACUCACUUACACACACACACACACACAGAUGUGCGCACACAAUCAGCACAACGUCAACAAAAACAGUGGGGUAUUUCACAAAGCAGGAUCAAUGAGUGAAUCCUAAACUGUCUGAACAAGACACCAGUUUUGGUAGUUUCCUAAAGAAACCUCUGAACAAGACACUAGUUUUAGUAGUUUCCUAAAUAAACCUCUGAACAAGACACUAGUUUUAGUUUCCUAAAUUAACCUCUGAACAAGACACCAGUUUUAGUAGUUUCCUAAAUUAACCUCUGAACAAGACACCAGUUUUAGUAGUUUCCUAAAUAAACCUCUGAACAAGACACUAGUUUUAGUUUCCUAAAGAAACCUCUGAACAAGACACUAGUUUUAGUAGUUUCCUAAAGAAACUGUGUCCUGUGUCUGGGUUUGCUUUGUUGUCCGGCAUAGUGGCAGUAUUAUGGCUGAAUUCUGUGUUACUGUCGGUAGUAAAUGCAGUCAGAAACUGUGCUAAAGUAUCCUUUCACUCUGCUACUUUAUAGUGUGAGUGUUGUCCUGUAGUGUUGUCAUUCAAUGCAAGAGUGAAUACAAGUAGUAGGGUCAAGAAACAAUAUGAAGUCAAUGUGAAGUUUGAACUUCCCAGACAGUUGCCCAUAAUUAUUUCUUAAUUCAACCACGCCUCUUGCCAGGCCAUCCUUUUUAAUUAAGAAUUGACUUGCCUGUUUUAAAUAAACAAAUGCAUCAGAGUAACCUCUCCCCCUCUACCCUACAGUGCCUGUUUCCCCUGGUCUCCAGGCCUUUGGAGGAUGUCCUGGACAGCCUCGUACCCCCUCUACUCCAAACUCAGACGGGGAACAAGAGGAAGAGCCCCUGCGGGUUGGAGAACGGAGACCCUGUACCUUCCCCCAAACGUGCACGAUCGGUGGAUUCAGAAGUGGCAGAGGAGGCCGUAUCACAGAGUGGAGCUCUAUCAGUCAGCAGCAUCGCCAACAAACUCAAUGGGGGAGAAGAGUGCUUUAAUGGGAAGAAGCGUGCAGUACAGAAGGAAAGAAUCAGCCAGUCAGAACACACCGACAUGGAUGUGGUGGAUAAAACCCUCAAACACCCACUUCCUGAGACUGAGAGGGGAGGGGCCAACGGAUACCACAAGGAUUCUGGUUGGUCGAUGCCAGAAGAAAUGAACCAGGAAGUCCUAGAAGAGGAAGAAGAUGGUGUCUUUCUCCCAGAGGAGGGUACACCUACCUUAGACAAGGGUUUGCCUCUCCAAGAGAAGACUGUACCGGUCUUACAGGUGGCCGUUUCUGUUGUAGAGCCUACCGUAGAGACUGAAGGUGCACCAAAGGUGGUUAAGAUUAUCUCUACCUUAGAGGAGGCUGUAUUUGCCCUAGAGGAGACUUUAUCUGCCCCGCAGGUAGCCAUUUCUGUCCAUGAGAAGAUUUCACCUCCCUUACACGUGGCCGUUUCUGCCUCAACGUCUGCCCCAGAGAAACCGUUGGCCAAGGCUGCCUUAGUGGAAGCUACACCAUCACAUCAGAAGGUUAACCCUCCCUUACAGGACACAGUCUCUCUCCUAGAGGCUCUGACUGCCCCAGGGGAAGCUACACCAUCACAUCAGAAGGUUAACCCUCCCUUACAGGACACAGUCUCUCUCCUAGAGGCUCUGACUGCCCCAGGGGAAGCUACACCAGCACAUCAGAAGGUUAACCCUCCCUUACAGGACACAGUCUCUCUCCUAGAGGCUCUGACUGCCCCAGGGGAAGCUACACCAUCACAUCAGAAGGUUAACCCUCCCUUACAGGACACAGUCUCUCUCCUAGAGGCUCUGACUGCCCCAGGGGAAGCUACACCAGCACAUCAGAAGGUUAACCCUCCCUUACAGGACACAGUCUCUCUCCUAGAGGCUCUGACUGCCCCAGGGGAAGCUACACCAGCACAUCAGAAGGUUAACCCUCCCUUACAAAGGACUGUGUCUGCACCCGAGGAUGGUGUGUCUGCACCCGAGAAGGUGGGGACACCUGCCAUGGAAGCUGUCCUCGUGUUGCAGGAAGCUCUGACCGUCUUAGAGGAGGCUUCACCUGGCAUUAACAAGGGUCUCUCUGUCUUAGAGAAAGGUGAGGAAGAGGAGUGUUUAAUGGAGGAGGAGGAGGAGGAGGAAGAAGUGGUUACACUUGUGGCCUUGGAGGCUGUCCCUGCCUCAGAGAAAGACGAGGAGCAGGUGGAUGAUGAGUACGGAGAGGAGGAUCUGCCUGUCUUUGACGAGGAAGAGGAGGAAGAGUGCCCCCCAGAGGUGAUGUGUAGGCCCUGUAGUGUGGACCUCAGUCAGAGCAAAGUGCCUGUUGAAGUUCAUGUUGUGGGGGAUGAUGAUGAUGAAGAUGCUGGUCCUAUCAGAGCUAGAAGAAGAGCUCAGAACGCCCGGCAACUAAUCAGUAGCGAGGACGAGAUGACUGACGCAACCAUGGAAACGGAACAGGAAGGAAGCGUCAUGGAGGAAGUGGAAGUCGUGGCACCACCGCUGAAAAAGAAAAUGGGCCGGCCGAGAAAGACUCCUAUUAUUAAAUACACGCAGGAAGUGGGUCCCCACUUUGACCCGGAAGUUAUCUUGACUGGGGAGUUGGUCCCGGUUCCCGGGCCUCACCUGUUCUGGAGGAAUGAGAACAGUCUGUGUUGGCUGGACACCUUGCUGGUAGCGCUGGUCCACUGUCACACCCUGAGGGACAGACGACCCACCAAGAGGCCCACUGUAGGUCAACCUGUCUGGGACCUGUGUGAGAGAUACGACCGGGCCUGUGGUCUCAUUACAGCCUACCAACACACUGACGCAGGUGGGUGGACUUAUCUAUUUAGUAAGGUUUAUUUGAAUUGAUGUAGAACAUUGGCAGCUAAGAGCUGAAUAUCUAUUUGGAAUGGGAAUGAAUGUAGCCGUGUUCUACUAAGCUAUAUGGAAUUGUUUUAAGAAGGUCAUACCAAGGACCAUUUAGCUAUUUGAGUUAGAAUUCUAAGACCCCUUGAAGUAUACAUUUGUUUUUACUGCUAUUAGCCCAAACAAACGCAUUGAAUAAAAUAUUCAAUACAUGGAACAAACAAUAGAUUCCCCAAAAAAAUCCUAAGGAAGUUUUGUUCUGAAGUGUCUGUCCUAUAUCUGAGAGAUAUAGAUCAGGAUGUAUUUAUUUUUAUUUUUAAAAAUGUAUUUAACCCCUUAUUUUAGGCACUAAACAGUCACCAUAUACAGUACCAGUCAAAAGUUUGGACACACCUACUCAUUCCAGCGUUUUUCUUUCUUUUUACUAUUUUCGACAUUGUAGAAUAACAGUGAAGACAUCAAAACUAUGAAAUAACACAUAUGGAAUCAUGUAGUAACCAAAAAAGUGUUAAACAAAUCAAAAUAUAUACAGUGGGGAGAACAAGUAUUUGAUACACUGCCGAUUUUGCAGGUUUUCCUACUUACAAAGCAUGUAGAGGUCUGUAAUUUUUUAUCAUAGGUACACUUCAACUGUGAGAGAUGGAAUCUAAAACAAAAAUCCAGAAAAUCACAUUGUAUGAUUUUUAAGUAAUUAAUUUGCAUUUUACUGCAUGACAUAAGUAUUUGAUCACCUACCAACCAGUAAGAAUUCCGUCUCUCACAGACCUGUUAGUUUUUCUUUAAGAAGCCCUCCUGUUCUCCACUCAUUACCUGUAUUAACUGCACCUGUUUGAACUCGUUACCUGUAUAAAAGACACCUGUCCACACACUCAAUCAAACAGACUCCAACCUCUCCACAAUGGCCAAGACCAGAGAGCUGUGUAAGGAUAUCAGGGAUAAAACUGUAGACCUGCACAAGGCUGGGAUGGGCUACAGGACAAUAGGCAAGCAGCUUGGUGAGAAGGCAACAACUGUUGGCGCAAUUAUUAGAAAAUGGAAGAAGUUCAAGAUGACGGUCAAUCACCCUCGGUCUGGGGCUCCAUGCAAGAUCUCACCUCGUGGGGCAUCAAUGAUCAUGAGGAAGGUGAGGGAUCAGCCCAGAACUACACGGCAGGACCUGGUCAAUGACCUGAAGAGAGCUGGGACCACAGUCUCAAAGAAAACCAUUAGUAACACACUACGCCAUCAUGGAUUAAAAUCCUGCAGUGCACGCAAGGUCCCCCUGCUCAAGCUAGCGCAUGUCCAGGCCCGUCUGAAGUUUGCCAAUGACCAUCUGGAUGAUCCAGAGGAGGAAUGGGAGAAGGUCAUGUGGUCUGAUGAGACAAAAAUAGAGCUUUUUGGUCUAAACUCCACUCGCCGUGUUUGGAGGAAGAAGAAGGAUGAGUACAACCCCAAGAACACCAUCCCAACCGUGAAGCAUGGAGGUGGAAACAUCAUUCUUUGGGGAUGCUUUUCUGCAAAGGGGACAGGACGACUACACCGUAUUGAGGGGAGGAUGGAUGGGGCCAUGUAUCGCGAGAUCUUGGCCAACAACCUCCUUCCCUCAGUAAGAGCAUUGAAGAUGGGUCGUGGCUGGGUCUUCCAGCAUGAAAACGACCCGAAACACACAGCCAGGGCAACUAAGGAGUGGCUCCGUAAGAAGCAUCUCAAGGUCCUGGAGUGGACUAGCCAGUCUCCAGACCUGAACCCAAUAGAAAAUCUUUGGAGGGAGCUGAAAGUCCGUAUUGCCCAGCGACAGCCCCGAAACCUGAAGGAUCUGGAGAAGGUCUGUAUGGAGGAGUGGGCCAAAAUCCCUGCUGCAUUGAGUCUCCUGAGUGGCGCAGUGGUCUAAGGCACUGCAUCGCAGUGCUAACUGUGUCACUAGAGAUCCUGGUUCGAAUCCAGGCUCUGUCGCAGCCGGCCGCGACCGGGAGACUCAUGGGCGGCGCACAAUUGGCCCAGCGUCGUCCAGGGUAGGGGAGGGAAUGGCCGGCAGGGAUGUAGCUCAGUUGAUAGAGCAUGGCGUUUGCAACGCCAGGGUUGUGGGUUCGAUUCCCACAGGGGGCCAGUAUAAAAAAAUAUGUAUUCACUAACUGUAAGUCGCUCUGGAUAAGAGCGUCUGCUAAAUGACUAAAAUGUAAAUGUAAAUGUAAUGCAUUGUGUGCAAACCUGGUCAAGACCUACAGGAAACGUAUGAUCUCUGUAAUUGCAAACAAAGGUUUCUGUACCAAAUAUUAAGUUGUGAUUUUCUGAUGUAUCAAAUACUUAUGUCAUGCAAUAAAAUGCAAAUUAAUUACUUAAAGAUCAUACAAUUUGAUUUUCUUGAUUUUUGUUUUAGAUUCCGUCUCUCACAGUUGAAGUGUACCUAUGAUAAAAAUUACAGACCUCUACAUGCUUUGUAAGUAGUAAAACCUGCAAAAUCGGCAGUGUAUCAAAUACUUGUUCUCCCCACUGUAUAUAUUGAUUCUUCAAAUAGCCACCCUUUGCCUUGAUGACAGCUUUCCACACUCUUGGCAUUCUCUCAACCAGCUUUACCUGGAAUGCUUUUCCAACAGUCUUGAAGGAGUUCCCACAUAUGCUGAGCACUUGUUGGCUGCUUUUCCUUCACUCUGCUGUCUGACUCAUCCCAAACCAUCUCAAUUUGGUUGAGGUCGGGUGAUUGUGGAGGCCAGGUCAUCUGAUGCAGCACUCCAUCACUUUCCUUCUUGGUAAAAUAGCCCUUACCCAGCCUGGAGGUGUCUUGGGUCAUUGUCCUGUUGAAAAACAAAUGAUAGUCCCACUAAGCCCAAACCAGAUGGGAUGGCGUAUCGCUGCAGAAUGCUGUGGUAGCCAUGCUGGUUAAGUGUGCCUUGAAUUCUAAUUAAAUCACAUACAGUGUCAUCAGCAAAGCACCCCCACACCAUAACACCUCCAUGCUUCACGGUGGGAAAUACACAUGCAGAGAUCAUCCGUUCACACACACCACGUCUCACAAAGACACGGCGGUUGGAACCAAUAAUCUCCAAUUUGGACUCCAGACUAAAGGACACAUUAUACCGGUCUAAUGUCCAUUGCUCAUGUUUCUUGGCCCAAGCAGGUGUCUUCUUCUUAUUGGUGUCCUUUAGUAGUGGUUUCUUUGCAGCAAUUCGACCAUGAAGGCCUGAUUCACACAGUCCCCUCUGAACAGUUGAUGUUGAGAUGUGUCUGUCACUUGAACUCUGUGAAGCAUUUAUUUGUGCUGCAAUUUCUGAGGCUGGUAACUCUAAUGAACGUAUCCUCUGCAGCAGAGGUAACUCUGGGUCUUCCAUUCCUGUGGUUGACCUCAUGAGAGCCAGUUUCAUCAUAGCGCUUGAUGGUUUUUGCGACUGCACUUGAAGAAAAGUUAUUGAAAUGUUCUGCACUGACUGACCUUCAUGUCUUAAAGUAAUGAUGGGCUGUUGUUUCUCUUUGCUUAUUUGAGCUGUUCUUGCCAUAAUAUGGACUUGGUCUUUUACCAAAUAGGGCUAUCUUCUGUAUAACCCCCCUACCUUGUCACAACACAACUGAUUGGCACAAACGCAUUAAGAAGGAAAGGAAUUCCACAAAUUGACUUUUAAGAAGGCACACCUGUUAAUUGAAAUGCAUUCAAGGUGACUACCUCAUGAAUCUGGUUGAGAGAAUGCCAAGAGUGUGCAAAGCUGUCAUCAAGGCAAAGGGUGGCUAUUUGAAGAAUCUCAAAUAUAACAUAUAUUUUGAUUUUACACUUUUUUGGUUACUACAUGAUUCCAUAUGUGUUAUUUCAUAGUUUUGAUGUCUUCACUAUUAUUCUACAAUGUAAAAAUAGAGAAAAACCCUUGAAUGAGUAGGUGUGUCCAAACUUUUGACUGGUAGUGUAAACUUCCAUGCAUUUUUUCAACUGGUACCGGGGGACCUUCAGACAAGUCUCCUGAGGCCUGUGGGCGUCCUAGAGCAAAACAACCGACAUGUUCGUGAGAGUCUCACCUUUACACAGAUGGAUCAUAUUAGUGUGUAAUCCAAGCUGUUCGAAUGCUACAGACAGAAGUUGGCAGAUUGACUGUACCGAUUUCAGACGAGUCCCAAGACGCCUGUGGAGGUCCUAGAGCAAAAUGGAGAACAUCGUCUUCCUGAGUCUCAUUUUGUGAGAAGACCAAUUUUCGUGAUGUCUCAUGGUCUGCCAAUCACCACUCUAGCUCUGUCACCUAUUUUCACAGAUACGGAAGUGCGACAUCGGCGGAUGCGGUGGAUUGAGACUCAUCCAAUGCAACAACAAAAUAUAUCUCUAGCUUAAACUGAUGGAUUUGUAUGGGAUAAAAAAAAUGCUAAUUAGAUUUCCACGGGGGUGUGGACAUCGACUCUAGGGGGGGUUUAACCAAGCUGCCUUCAGCAGAGUUUCUUGUGUUUUGAUCUAUUUCCCAAUCCUAAAUACAGAACUCAAUUUGACUUUGGACUGCCUUUCACUUUCCAAAGAAGUAAAAAAAACAUGUGUUUUUGUGCUGCCAGAAUGCCAUGUUUACACCUGUGUGUUUCUCUCCCUCUCAUCUCUCUCCAGACGGAGUAGUCAGAGUGCCCUCUGCGGUGUUACAGAGGGUCCAGACGGAGAUGCAGACCGCCAGGAUGUCCAUCUUUAAACUGCUGGAGCCUCUACUGAAAUGCAAACUGGGUAAGAACCUGUCUGGGAAAUCAUAG